AUGUCAGAAACAAAAAGAAACGAGGAUGUUGGGGUUGUCCCGCUGGAGAAGCAGCUGCGCGAGGAACUGGAUGCCUUGCGCCGCGAGCUCGCGGCGCUGGAGGCUCCCUCGACCUCGAGGACCGAGCAGGCCGAGCGGACGGAGCGGAGUGUUGGAGUUGGCCCCGAAAGCCCUCAGGCCCUUCCUCGAAUGGCCGGCAGCGAGGUGAAACGCCCGCCGGACUGGCACAACACGGGCUUCUCUGGCUGGCGGACAGGGCCGCGAAGUGACCUCGCCCAGCCCCUUCCGUCACCACCGAGGGCUGCGCCCGACUCGCCGCUGCCAGCGAGUGACGUUCUCAUUCGGGAGCCGGUCGCUAUCCCCGCCCACGCCCCGGCUUCCAAUGAGGCCAGCCUUCCGAGCCAGCUGAGCACUUCGGGCUGCCAAGCCCGCGCCGCCUUCGGCUCCCUUGCCCCAUGUCCUGGGCAAGUGGCCUUGGAUCCUGGACCCUGGCAGAUCCCCAGCUGGCCCAGCUCCCAGCGACCGCAGCUCCCCGCGCGCAGUAGCGAGCUCGCGGAGCUGCGCGCCGCUUUGCUGGCCGAGCAGGAUCUGCGCCAGCGCCUGGCUGGCGGCCUUGCCGAGGCGGCGGAGGCCAUGCGGGGCUUUCCGGCUGCCGCGCACCUGGAGGCUGCUGCCACCCAGCUGCGGGAGGCCAGGUCCUGGGAGUUCUUGCAGUUUGAGAGUAGCGUGGCUGCCACAUCCCGGCUGCUCUUGGAGCGGAUCCAGGAGAUUGGCAGGCAGUCGGCCUCCGGGAAGCGCCCCGUCUGCACCUUGGCAAAGCCCAGGAAGAAGGCGGACCAGCGCGGAGAGGAUGAGGCUGUCGGCUGCGUGGUUUGGGGCGGCCAGUUGGCAUCGCUGAACGCCGAGUUGGCCAAGGCAGAGCAUGCUUUGGCAGCCUGGCAGCUCAUCAUCGGUGACGCAACACCCUGCAACCCCCGCAUCUCCGCGUGGCUCGGUGACUCCCGGCCGAGCGUCGCGCACAUCCCCGUGACGGGCCGCGCCGGCAGCAGGCGAACUUCGAGCCCCAUGGCCUCGGCGCCGAUUCAAGUGCCAAUGUCCCCGGCGCAGUCGGGAGACAAGCACGAUGAUGGCGGCUUGCUGUGGAGGAGCAGUGAACAUGUCCUGGAUGCCGCAGCUGAUGCCGAUCGGCCUUGUGUCUUCACGCCGCCACCCUCGAAGGACGCCAUUGUGGCAGCUCUGCGCGGGCAAAAUGUGGCCUUGCAUGUGAGCAAGCUGGCGAUUGUGCUGGUCUCCCUGGGCCUAGCCACCACGCAGGCACUCUUUGGUCCGCAAGACCCUUGUGCCAUGAAGUGA